GGCGGCGCCCAGCGCGUGGCGGUGGCGGUGGCGGUGACGGUGACGAGCGCGUGCGGCGGCGGCGGUUGAUCGGAUCCACGUCCAGCGGGAGUGAUGGCGCAGAAGAAGAAGCAGAAGAAACAGAAGCAGCAGCAAAAACAACAACGUCCGCUCAAGUCCAGGCCCAGGAAUGCGCGGCAACGCUCGCAGAAAAGCCGGUGGGACGUGGAGGUCGAGAGCGAUGGCGGCGAGUUCGAUUUGGUCCCUUCCAUGGUGGACGAUGCGCCGGUGGUGAACAAGCACAACAUCAAAUCUUUACCAAGCUUUCCUUCAGCUGAUUGCCCAUCUGAUGUGGAACCUGACACCAGAGAGAUGGUUCGGGAACAGAAUAAAAAGAAGAAGAAGUCAGGAGGUUUCCAGUCUAUGGGUUUAAGCUUUCCAGUCUUCAAAGGCAUAAUGAAGAAAGGCUAUAAAGUACCAACUCCAAUUCAGAGAAAGGCAAUCCCAGUGAUACUGGAUGGCAAGGAUGUUGUUGCCAUGGCCAGGACGGGCAGCGGUAAAACUGCAGCUUUUCUCAUUCCUUUGUUUGAGCAGCUGAAAGUGCAUCAUUCCCAGACAGGUGCUAGAGCUUUAAUUCUUACCCCAACGAGAGAGCUUGCAUUACAAACCAUGAAGUUCACAAAAGAGCUUGGGAAGUUUGCUGGCUUCAAAACAGCUUUAAUCUUGGGCGGAGAUAAAAUGGAAGAUCAGUUUGCAGCACUUCAUGAAAAUCCUGAUAUAAUAAUUGGCACACCGGGUCGAUUAAUGCAUGUGGUUGUGGAAAUGAACCUCAAGCUGCAUAAAGUGGAAUACGUGGUCUUUGAUGAAGCUGACAGAUUGUUUGAGAUGGGAUUUGCUGAGCACUUGCAAGAGAUUAUCCAAAGGUUACCAGAAUCCAGACAGACUUUGCUAUUCUCAGCCACAUUGCCCAAGCAAUUGGUGGAAUUUGCACGUGCUGGUUUGACAGAGCCAGUUCUCAUCCGAUUGGAUGUAGACACUAAACUGAAUGAUCAGUUACGGCUGGCAUUUUUUCACGUAAGAUCUGAUGACAAGUCAUCUGUUUUGCUCUACUUGUUAAGAAAUGUUAUCAAACCUCAAGAACAGACCGUUGUUUUUGUAGCUACCAAACAUCACGUGGAAUACAUAAAAGAGAUGAUUACCAGGCAGGGCAUUGAAUGUUCAUACAUCUACAGUGCUCUGGAUCAAACGGCAAGAAAAAUCAACAUUGGGAAGUUUGUCCACAGAAAAUGUAUGGUGAUGAUCGUAACAGAUGUUGCAGCUCGUGGUAUUGAUAUUCCCAUGUUGGAUAAUGUCAUCAAUUACAACUUCCCAUCCAAAGCUAAACUUUUCUUGCACAGAGUCGGUCGAGUUGCGAGAGCUGGUAGAAGUGGCACAUCUUAUUCAUUGGUAGCUUUGGAUGAAAUUCCAUAUGUUUUUGAUCUACAUUUGUUCCUUGGACGGCCCCUCAAAUUUGCGAGCCAGAAUGAGAAUCCCGAAGAUACAGAUGGACUAUAUGGCAGAGUCCCUCAGAGUAUUAUUGAUGAUGAAGAAUCAUUACUUAUAGCAGAUUAUAAAGCUUCACUAGAUCUUCAGAACAUGAAAAGAGUGUCAGAGAAUGCUUAUGCUCAGUAUCUGAAAUCAAGACCCACUCCUUCCCCUGAAUCAAUAAAGAGAGUUAGAGAAAUGAACUUUGUGACACUGGGCAUUCAUUCAUUAUUUGGUGUUAGCUUGGAAGAUCCAGAACUUCAAAGACUCAAAGUUAUCGACAAUAUCAAAAAUUAUAAAGCAAAAUCUACCAUUUUCGAAGUAAACUCUACAAACAAGAGCCCUGCAGGUGAGACCAUGCGAAUGACACGAAAUAAGCAGCGACACUCAAUCCACAAAUUUCAACAGUCAAGGCAAGAAAAGGAAGCAAGUGCGUCCAAGAAUGUGCCCAAACCAGUGGAAGCAGAUCCUUCUACUAGGGAGGAUGCUGACGAUGACAACAUUGAGAUUGUGUUCUCUGAAGUUAUGGGGAGGAAGAGGAAAAAUAAGGAAUCCUCCGAUCCUGUAUCCCAAACGAAGAAAGGGUGUUGCAAGGAUGAUCAAUUCUACAUUCCUUAUCAACCAAAAGACUUCAAUUCUGAAAGAGGAUUAAGCUUAAGUGGGGAAGGUACCACCUUUGAGCAGCAGGCAUCUGGUGCGGUGUUAGACUUGAUGGGAGAUGAAGCAGAAAAUAUGCAAAAACAGAAACAACUGCUAAAAUGGGACCGCAAAAAAAAGCGAUUCAUCAGGGACACCGGCAAACAAAGUAAGAAGAUAAAGACAGAAAGUGGAAGAUACAUCAAUGCUUCAUACAAAAAGAACAUCUAUGAAGAAUGGAAGAAGAAAUACAAGAUCGAUGAAAGAUUAUCUGACGAUGAAGCUGAAAAUGAGCAUGGGAACCACAGGGGCAAUAAAAGAGGCCAUGGUGGAAGAGGAAACCCGCGAUCCUUCUCAAGAAAACCAAGUCAACAACUUGGAGUAAAAUCAGAACUUAAAUCCAAAACUGAAAUUCUUAAAGAAAGGAAGAGAAUGGAAAAAAAUAAAUUCCUGCAACGUGGAGGAAUGAAAAAGCUCAAGCACAGGAACCGGCAUCGUGUGAGGGAAAUGCAGAGCAUGGCCUUCGGUAGAGGCAGAGGCAAAGGGAAAAUGAGGAAAAAAAUGUAAUCACAAUAUUUUUUAAAUAUCAUCUACCGAACUGAACUGAUAUUUUUGCCAUUUACAAUAAUGUGUUUCUGGCUAUUAUUAUCUGAAGCCCACUUUGCCUUUUUAUUUGUGCAGAUGUACUAUAAAGAAUAAUUAAACAAGUAACAAUGUCUCAA